AUGGCCCGAAUAGAAGAAGAAGUGACGGAGACUCUGUUGAAUAAGACGGUGGAGAACGGCGAAGAAGAGAAUGGGUUUAAGUCGUUGGACACGAGAGAGAAAGUUUGGAGGGAAUCUAAGAAGCUAUGGAUUGUGGCGGCGCCGGCGAUCUUUACGAGGUUCUCUACGUUCGGUGUAUCUUUGAUAACUCAAGCUUUUAUCGGCCACCUUGGCCCCACCGAGUUGGCGGCUUUCUCCAUCAGCUUCACCGUGCUCCUCCGUUUCAGUAAUGGUAUCUUGUUAGGUAUGGCCAGUGCACUAGAAACACUAUGUGGUCAAGCCUAUGGAGCCAAACAAUACCAUAUGCUCGGAAUUUACCUCCAAAGAUCAUGGAUCGUCCUCACAGGCUGUGCCAUUUGCAUCACGCCGGUCUACAUCUUCUCGGGUCCUAUCCUCUUAGCUUUAGGUCAAGAGGAGCGCAUUGUUCGUGUGGCUCGGAUAAUAGCUCUGUGGGUCAUAGGAAUCAACUUUUCGUACAUACCAUCCUUCACUUGCCAAAUGUUUCUCCAAGCGCAGAGCAAGAACAAGAUUAUUGCCUACGUGGCUGCUGUCUCCUUAGGAGUCCACUUCUUCUUAUCGUGGCUUCUCAUGUUUUAUUUUGACUUUGGGAUCAAUGGUGCUAUGACCUCAAUGCUCGUAGCGUUUUGGUUUCCUAACAUUGCGCAGCUCUUGUUCGUCACGUGCGGUGGGUGUGAGGACACGUGGAUGGGGUUUUCUUGGCUGGCUUUUAAGGAUCUUUGGCCUGUCUUGAAACUAUCCUUGUCUUCUGGUGGUAUGAUUUGCUUGGAGCUAUGGUACAACACGAUACUGGUUCUGCUUACUGGUGGAGGCUUAGACAAUGCAGAGGUUGCUCUGGAUGCACUUUCAAUCUGUGUCAAUAUAAAUGGACUGGAGAUGAUGGUGGCCAUCGGCUUCAUGGCAGCAGCAAGUGUCAGAGUGUCAAACGAGAUAGGAAGUGGAAAUUCAAAAGAAGCCAAGUUUGCAACAAUGACAGCAAUUCUAACGUCACUUUCCAUAGGAAUUAUGUUCUUCUUCGUCUUUUUGUUUCUAAGAGGAAGAGUUUCGUACAUCUUCACAACAAGUGAAGCUGUUGCCGCACAAGUAGCUGAUCUUUCUCCACUCUUGGCCUUCUCCAUCCUCUUGAAUAGUGUUCAACCCGUUCUCUCUGGAGUUGCUGUUGGAGCGGGGUGGCAAGAAUAUGUUACAUACGUUAACCUUGCUUGCUAUUAUCUUGUUGGGAUUCCUUCCGGCGUUUUUCUUGGCUAUGUUAUCGGUUUGCAAGUUAAGGGUGUCUGGUUAGGAAUGCUUUUUGGAAUUUUCGUUCAAACUUGUGUCCUUACUAUAAUGACUCUACAAACUGAUUGGGAUAAACAGGUAUAUUUGUCGCUGAAACGUUUGAAUCGUUGGGUUGAACCGGAGUCUAAAGACUGUAACCAGAUUUCACAGAAACAAUAA